AUGGAAUCUGAUAAUUUAAAUUUGAAUAAUUUACUCGAAUUGGACGAAUUUGAUGAAAAUAUUCUAAAUCUUCUUAUAAAUAACCUGUCUACAUCUCUUUCCAGUCACAGUCCCAGCAACUCCAAUGACCCCCUCCUAAUCACCCAAUUACUAAUUACCCACUUUUACAACUCAAAUCCUCCUUCCGAUACUCACUUCAAUCAGCUACUCAGCCUGCGACUGUCUAGAUCCGACGACAGCCCACUCACCCACCACCUCACCAUCCUCGUCAUUGAAAUGUUCAACGUCGAAAGUCUGUCCUACAGCGUAGACCACGGUUCCUCCAUUGCACACCUCAACCAUCCGGACAACAUCAUCGACCUCCACAACUCCAUCCUACAACGAGUUAACGACCCUUCUAUCCUUCUCACCUGGUCCUAUACACUCUCUAAGAUCACUCACGCCAUCCAAUCAUACAGCAGUCCCCUCCCUUCCUCCUUCUCCCCCCUUAGAGAUCUUCUCCUCCCAACACACCACCCGCAACCCCUUUACCAGCUCCUUUACAGCCACCUCCUCCACCCAUCCUUCAACUUGUUCCAAAAACUCUCCUCUUUCUCCCUCUCCCCCACCUUCCAACGCCCUUCCACUUACAACCAACUAGCAUAUAGAUCCAUUUUCAAGGGUCUUCUGGACGCCACUCUGUCCAUAGUACACCCUUCGUUCAUCUCCGACUUUGAUGGCUUAGUCAAUUCCUUCUCCUCCCUCCUCUCCUCUUCAUCUACGCCCAUUUCUGCUCCCCUAGCCCAUCAAUUCUGGCUCCAAUACGACUCUAAACUGCCCGCCUCCCUCAUUAUAGACAUCGCUAGGGGAAGGUGGCCCCUUGACUUCUUCUCUCUCCUCAAUCUCCUCAUUUCUCUGUCCGGUGUCUCACCUUCAUCCACACCCACACAAGACCACCAACUUCUCCUGCAAGCUUCUCAUGCUUCUGAAAGAGUCUUUCUCUACUUUUCCUCUCUGCCAUCCUAUACCACCCUCUUCGACGCCUCCUCCCACAACGACGAGUCUGAUCCACUCAUCCGAAUAGCGAACCAUGUCAGCAAUCUACCCGGCUUGCAUAGCCCUCUCCCAUUACACUCCAUUGGCCGUCAACUCAGCCCUCUCAAUCUCCAACCGCCAGCUGUGAUAUCCUGGGAUGUCCCUGUCAGCGGUUGGAAUGUCGUUGGAACGCUCCUCUCUGACUGGUUGUCUGCUAGGUCAAACACACGUGGCAGCUCUACAGCACCACUUUUCCAACAGAAUGACGAGUUAUACGACACUGCCGUUCUAUCCUCGUUGAACUUGAUAGGGGGGGUUCUCAGCGGCAAUCCUGACAUAGCGCCGCUACUAGUGGAGCACAUAGGCGGGAGCGCUGAGCGUGAUUCUGGUCGCGGAGAAGGGCUGGACCUAGUAGCAGUGCUAUUUGCCACGAUCGACAAAUGUCUAUCGGCACUACCUACGGUGGGGCGCAGGAAUGGGAAUCAAGCAAACAAGCAAACACUCACGAACAUAGUCUCCGCCUCGCUCGACAUUCUUUCAAGUCUCUUGCAAUCGUACCCUGGACGCGUAUGGACAUUCCUGCGCGGUAGCACAUCGCUAUUCACGCCAUCGUCGCCAGUGGUCAUGCACGAGCGCACGAGCGGGGUAUAUGGCAUGACACUGAGUCUGCUCCGACUCCUACACGCUCUCUUCACCGAGACGCAGCAGUCAACCCUCACCUCCACACCAGCUUUCACGCGUCUGAAGGGGGGCGUGCUUGAGCGGGCUGUGGCGUGGAGCGUUGCCGAUGUGUACGCCGUGCACGCCUCUUGGCGUUAUGUGCACCUCGCCGAUAAACUCGCUAUGGGGGGCAUCCUCACUCGCCUUUAUGCUGAUAUCGUCGCUGAUCGUAUCACUCUUCCCUCGCUUAACAACCUCGUCGGGAAGUGUCUGUUGAAAGACGCGAAUGCUUCUACCCUCACACCUAUUGUGGGAGUAGUCGCCGGCGGCGCUGAUACUGUGGAUAGACUUGCACAGGCUGGCAGAAAUCAGGAUGCCGCUCUCGCUGAAGAUCUCCUGGAAUGCACCCUCAGACUCGCCCAUAUCCUUCUCGUUAGUGAGGAUGAGGGCGAGGGUGAAAGCGAGGGGGAGGUUGAGGUUGAGAGUGAGGACACCCCUCGCAAGCCAGGCAGUCUCCUGCGUCGAGUCUUCUUCGACCGCUCCGUUGCACGCGCAGCGGGCGCAUCGGUGCGGCGUGAGGAGAGAGAGAAGGAGAAGGAAAGGGGGAUCAGCGGCCACACACAAACCCAAGAGCUGGAAUUGGAGCUGGAGCUGGUAGACAUGCUAGCGGUGUACAUAGCCAGCAAACACUCCACACUCGCCAUCCGCCUGCAGUCGACACGCCUCCUCACCGCCCUCUGCGCCUACACCCUACCAAGCUCUUCGCUGGCUGGCUUUUUUGCUGACCCGCACAGCACGGUGCGUGGGCUGGUGGAUAUCGUCGCGGACCCUUACGCAGAUGACCAGCUCAGAGGCCAUGUGUGGGCCCUCUGCGCUGCCAUUGUCGCCACUCAGCCCGGUCUCGCCACCCUCCUUCUCACCGGCCAGAGUGUCGGCGCUGCCGCGCGCGAGCUUAUCCACGAGCGCAGCAGGCAGUCUGUCGCCGCCAGCACAAGCGCAAAAGACAUGGAGAAUAGGGAUAACACUAAGGAUAACUUAAAGCUAAACUUAGGUGAGAAGGAGCUACAAAAGACUGCUUUGGAUAUCGCUUCUGAGAACGUGGAGAUAUGGCCGCAGUUAUACGAUGCUGCCCCAGCGCUCCUCAGCGCCGUGUUGCAUUUCCUCGACACCGUCUGGCUUCAUCUCGAUGGACAGCUGUCUGCAGUAGCCGGGCUGCGCAGCGACGAGCGCUUCUGGGGUCAGAUAGGAGACGUAGGGGAGAAAGAUGCGGGGCGUGUACCGCCCACACACACGCAUGACACCGAGUCGCUCAUAGACGGGGACGACGGUGACACAUCAGCCUACACCGCUUCCACUUCCGCCACCGCCCUCAGUGUCGCUGUCGCCGCCUACGCUCACCGCCGCUCAGCAUCCGCAGCCGCCCUGUCGAUCAUCUCUAGCGAUAGACGCAGAGUAGCGGGCGAGACCGCCGCUGGUACUGGUGCAAAUGCAAGUGCGAGUGCGCAUUGCACCGCUCGCCUCGCUGCAAAUCUCGGCCAACUCGUCGAUGCUGCCAUGGUGAACAGCUUUGACACACCCUUGCAUUCCACUACCCGUUCUAGCAUUCAGCUCGCUUUCGACGGGCUGGAUCUGUCGCAAUACCACAAUCACCUUCAUACUCACAUGCACACUCUCACUCACACUCACAAUGCCGUCACCCACUUCGGCUCCGAGUACGUCUUCAACACUGCAUUGCUCAAGGUGAAGCUGGAUGGGUUUGUAGCGUCGGCCGGUGAUCCUGGCGAUCUAGACGGUGACGGUGCUGGCGAGGCCGCCGUCGAUGGCGAUCUCGUGCACGCAACCAUGGAACACAUCAUGCAACUUAACCUCGACUGGAGCAUCGUCGAUGCACAAAUAGCGUUUACCCGCAGUGUCGUUGGCUUUGUCGAGAAGGCGUGUGCGUCGAUCAGUGUCAAUGACAGUAAUGGUAGCAGUGGUAGCGACACGCCCGCCUCUCUCUGCGCAAUUCGCGCCGCCGGCGAAGCUGCAUCGGAGUCGCGCCAGGGCAGUGUCAUGGUGGGCGUCCACGCCGAGCGCCUCACGCUCAUACUCAAGUUGCUCGAGCUGGGACUAAAGAAAAGGCGGGGAGCUGACACUCACACUCACGCUGACAAGUUCAACCCCGCUCAGCUCAUCAUCGACGUAGAGAGAAUGGUUAAUCUCCCUUCUAUGCCUGUCGUCGAUAGCUGCAGGGGUAACCUCACGCCGCCUUUCCACACUCAAGCGAUGCAGAUCGUCUUCCUCACCAUGCACGCAGCUGCACAAGUAGAUAUUACUAAGGAGAAGAGCAGACAGGUGGGCAGUGCAUGCCGCGACUUACUCGCUACUGUUAUCACCUGCAUGGCGACAUCGCUAGAAGCGGCCAAAGACGGUGGCACCACCAGCAGUGACGAGGAAUUCGAUCUGCUAGUGAUGACAUUUAUGGCAAUAGUCAAGAACCCACUGGCUCCCAACGUCGCUUACUGGCUGCCUUUGCUGGUGGAAGCCGAUGUGGUACGGCUGUCGCUAGAUGUGUUCAGCAAAAUACCUGUCAACGCAGCUCCGCAGCCGACCAGCGACGUUGCCGCUAAUGCGAUGGCAGCAGACGCAAUGGAUAUCAUGGACGAAGGAAUGGCGGAGGAUGACGUUGAUGCGCAAAUCACCUCUCGGCCACCGUUCCUGCAGGCUGUCGUAGACCUCCACCUCAUCCUUGCGUCUUUCCCACCCGCCGCUGAGCGCUUGGCGCUAGAUGGCCUUGUUGCAGCAUACGCCUCGUCCACUCUCGCCGGCCUUGCCGAGCAGGGAGCUGUGCUGUCGUGCGAUCCUGCAUACAUGGCCACACGCAAUCCAUGGCAUACGGCAUGGUGCCGUAUGCUCUCCGUUCUCACCGCCCUCAUACACGUUCUAGGCGGCAGCUCGCAAUUGAUCGAUGUGGAGAUAAUCGGCUUUAUUCAGCUCAGCGGCGCGCAGUUAGCGGGAGUGUUAUCUUGGAACACCGAGACGCCGUUCAACCUCGCUACAGUCGAAGAGCUCCGUUUGACGGUUGGACUGUUCGCAUCGAUAGCCAACUCGGAGCACUACGCACAGACGACGUCUUACGGCCACCGCUCACAGCCUAGCAAGGCAGUCCUGCAUGCGUUCAACCUGCGCGCCAUGCACCUCCUCCAGCAGCUCACAUAUGGCCUAACGCACCCGCACCUCGUCCUGCAGCUUGUCGAGCCACUUACGGCACACGAGCGUGAGCGUCUGCAUGGCGGUGAGAGAGAGUUUAGUGACGGUCUCCUUGAUGCGCUCGUAGCACUUACGCAAGAUGUCCUCUUAGGCCUCACUAGCUCUCUCGACUGUCUCGCCGUCCUCACACGCCAAAGACCCGAAUGGCCUGCUGAGUCGUAUGCACUGGUCCAGCCCAACGCGAACAUCAAUAUGGGCGAGAUGGCCUCCGUAGGCACGCUGCUCGACCUCGCUAGCUACUGCAUCGAUAACCUUAAGAGCGGCCAGAAGGAGUCGCACGGUGAGGAAACGGGACGCGCAAAAUGCGUCCUUGAAGCUACCCUCGUCCUUACCGCUACACAGAUGGCCAUGUGGACUAAGGUCGGUGGCGCGGGGUAUUCAUCGCUCAAUCGCUCCUCCACCCCUUCCUCUACCUCCACCUCUAGCUCGGCCACCCUCAAGAGAGACAUCAGCGGCGCACUGGCAGAAGACUUUAACGCCGUCGUCGACCGCAGCAAGAGCGUUCUAAACGCUACAGAGAGAAGACUGCCUGUUAUCAUUGGAUCGUUCAUGGAGCGAGUUGUUGUAAAUGGUUAG